AGGUAAUUUUUCAUUGUAUAAACAAUUUUGUUUAUACAGAAUCAGCGGGUAAGUUACAAGUAUGUGGAGUGAUAAAUAUAAUGUAAGGUUGAUAAACCACGACUUACGGAGAGAGGAAACUGUCAAUCAAUAUGCUGAUGCACUUGCACAUCUGGAAAAUGUAUCCGAGGAUAUUUUUAAAAGAGUAACAAACCGUGUGAAGGAGAAUCGAGACUAUCUUCAAAAACUUCAGCAAAGAAUUUCGACCGCUGAAGCAAAGAUUGAACAAAUCAAAGGAACCAACCGAGCUAUUCAAGUGUUUUCAAGUUCAAAGUAUCCAGCACCUGAGGAAUUACAAUCAUAUCAAUCUCUUUUUUAUGAUAUUGAGUGUUCCUUGUUGCAAGUCACACGAAAAUAUAGAAAAAUAAAAAGUCAAUUCAAGAAUUUUAGUGAAAGUGAAAUCAAUGAAAAAAAACAAUUUUACCAGGUUCCUCAGCCAAAGUUACGCUCAAGUAGUGUAGAUGAUGCUGAAGGUUUGGGUGGAAUGCCUAAGGAUUGUAAAUCUAUAAGCUCACUUCUGCUGUUCAAUACUUCAGAAAACCCAUACAAGAAAUAUUCAAUCUUUGAUCCUCUUGGAGUCACUUCGAAGACGAGGACUGACCUUGAGGAGGAAAAGGAAGAUGGUCUCGCUGAUGCUCCUGCAUCCAUUGCUAAUCGGGAGGAGAUGGAGAGACACCUGGUGGAAAAUUAUCUUUACAUUCCCGAUCUAGGGGAUGUCCCAGAAAUUGAUGUGCCGAUGGAUCUCCCAGACUUACCAGGUGUUGCUGACCUUUCAUUUACCUCCGAUUUGAAAGAAGGCAUCGCCCCCUCCCUUGCUAACAUUGGUAAUUUACCUGAUCUACCUGGGUUAAAUGCAACCCCUGAACCCAGUAAUGAACCCCCACCACCAGGACCCCCUCCUCCCCCAGAAAACACCCCACCCCCACCUCCUCCACCUUCAAACAUCCCCCCACCCCCACCACCUCCAAGUGAGCCCAUACCCCCUCCCCCGCCACCCCUUACAAGUGCCCCACCCCCUACAAGUGCUCCGCCCCUUACAAAGGACACGCCCCCAGUUGUAGCAGCAGAUGGUAGAUCCAACUUAAUGGAAUCGAUACGAGCGGCUGGUGGGGCUGGUAAAGUAAAACUGAAGAGCGCAAAGGAGAGAAAGUUGCAGAAGAAGAAGGAAAAAGAAGAGGCAAAGGUUGCAGCCAGUAGUGGGGGUGACUUGAUGUCUGAUUUGUUUAGUAAACUUGCCAUGAGACGUAAAGGAAUAUCUGGCACUAAGAAACCAGAAGCAUCAGGUUCAGCCAUGGAUAAAAUAUCAGCCAUGAUACCACCCCCUCCCACUAAACAUGAACCUACUUCUGUAGCCGAUGAUGACGAUUGGAAUUAGUUAAUUUGUUGAUGUGACUGUUGGUUUUAAAAUGUUCUUGUAAUCAUACAAAAAGUAAAUUAAUGUUCAACAACAGUCAAAACGCUCAAACGCUUUGUUAAGGAUUGUAGGCAUUCGGCAACCUAAAUUUAUCAAGAAGGGCAUAUGGCUUAAAACACUGAUAUGUAUUAUCAGUCAACAGCAGUUGGUUAAAUAUAUUUUUUAUCUUAAAUUCAGUGUUUCUUAAGCUUUGAGUCAAAAACCACUAUUUUGUAAAUAGUGGUUUUUGACUCAAAGCUUGCUCUAAUUGAUUUAGUGUCAAAUCACACCAAAAGUUACUAAGAUUAAUUAAAAGUGUAAGUUUAGAAUCAUGAAAUAUAAGUUAAGUGGUAAUCUAUAUAAAUUAACCUGGCAUUCCAGGUUUCUAAAUACCAAAGUUUUUUCAAAAUUUUCAAUUUAUCCCACAUUUGCAUUGUAUUAUACCAUCUAUGCAUCCUAGCACCAGGCAUACUGAGAUAGAUAUUUUACACUACAUGAUAAAAAUUCUUUAAGCAACCAAAACUCUUUUUCAUUCAAAUUUAUAUCCAACAUUUCUGCCACAUUAUAUAACUAUUCUGUUCUGAACUAUAAGUGCAAUAUAUAAUACCAGUCCUAGCUGUAACAAAUGUUCAUGAUUCUUUCAGAUGAUUUUCUUCUGAUUCUUAAUUAUCUCUUUUUAAUUUCUGUGUGUGUACUAUUUAAACACAGAUCCCCAAUUUAAUAUUAUUCGUUUUAUUUUAAAUGUGACUCACACAAAGUUAAAUUUCCUUAUAAUGUGAAAAAAGUGGCUUACAGAAGCAUUAGUAAUAAUUGUUACCUGUUGUGGCAGCGUACAAUAUGUUACACACUUAUACUUUGUUUAGGUGCAAAUUAAGUUCAUAUAUAGCAAUUACACCAUUUUCAUUAUUUUAUUGAUUUUAUUCUCUAUUUAAUCUCUAAAUAUAUCAUUAUUU